AUGGCGGAGUGGAACAUAGAGUUGGCGAUAGUGGCCGAGCCCUACGCCGUCCCCACCAUAGAAGCCAGGUGGAGGGGGGACACGGCGGGGCUGGUCGCUAUCGUGUCCGGGAGCAACGAUGCCGGGGCCUCUUUGGUCCCCGGUGAGAGAGGCGAAGACUACGGCGCCUGCCUCUGGGGUGGUCGGGCCUUCGUGGGGGUCUACGUGUCCCCCAACAUCUCGCCCGAGGACUUUGAGUCCAAGCUGGACGAGAUCGGGGGGUCGUCCGUCGGCUACGUCCGAAUACUAACUGGGUCGUGGUUGCGGGCGACUUCAACGCAAAGUCCGCGGACUGGGGCUCCCCGGUCUCGGACACGAGGGGCGAGAUGCUGGGGGACUGGCUUGUCGCGCUAG